UACAACUACUUAAUGGAGUUUGAUUAUCUACCAAAGUCAGACUUCGAAACGGGAGCUUUAAGGACUGAAGAACAAUUUAAGGAUGCAAUCAAACAUUUACAGCGUUUUGGCAACAUACCAGUUACCGGCGAACUCGAUAGCGAAACCAGAAAGCUUAUCAAACGACCACGUUGUGGUGUCGGCGAUAGCAAACAGACAUUAGCAUUUUCACCGGAUAACUUACAUCAUGGACGCAUGAAGCGUUAUGUGCUGCAGGGUCCCAAAUGGGAUAAAACUGAUUUAACAUGGAG